AUGGUGGCAGUGGUGGUGGUGGUUGGUGGUGAUGGCGGUGGCAAAGGUGAUGGUGAUGGUGGGUGUAGUAAUUGGGGUGGUAGUGGUGGUGGUGGUGGUGGCAGUGACAGCAGUUGUGGUUGUGGUCGUGGCAGUGGUGUUUACUCAUCCCCAUGCUUCAAGAUCACCCUUUGGCAUCUUGAUCGAGACCUUCCUCCCUCCCCCUCUAACAAAACCAAUGGAACUUUAUUUUACCCAUCUGGAAGUAGAAGCAUGUGCUGCUCUUGGUUCAGAUUGCAGCUCGAGGAAAUAACGUUUUCUCCCGGAAAUAUUCUACCGCCAGUUGACGCCGCCAUGCCAGAAUUUCGCUUGAUAAACUCAUGUAAUGGUCUGCUUUGUUUUGGAGCUAAUGAAGGCUUUCCCCUGUUUCUGUGCAACCCUGUUUUGGGGGAGUACAUCACCAUUCCACCUGCUAAUAGAAACGACAAGUGGCUUAUUGUUGGACUUGGUUUUUGCAUUGGGACCAAUGUGUACAAGGUGUUUCAGUUGAACAACCCGGACACUGAGGCUGAGAUUUACACCAUUGGCGCAGGAGGAGCAUGGAGAAGCAUUGGACCCCCUCCUCCUGGGGAUUUUAAUAACUUAUUGUUCAAUAAUUUUCUUCAUGGAGCUGUUCAUUGGAUUCCCUAUGGUAGUAGAAGUACAAGUUCCCAGGUUAUACAAUCUUUCGACUUUGAAAGAGAACAAUUUCGGCCAUUAUCACUACCUAGUUUGCUAGCAAAGAAUGAAUUUCUGUAUAGUUUGACAUUGGAAGUGCUAGGCGGAAACAAAAUAGAAUUUUUAUUUUAA